CAUCGUCAUUAUGGACAUCACUCAAGCAUUCAAAGAGGCAUGUACUGCCUUGCCCACCUCGGCUCGGGUGGUGAAAAAGCCCACUACGACAUAUCUUGAAUUGAUGAAUGCUCUCCUUAUAUUCGCCCCUCGUACGGACACAGGAUCCUCCAUAAUUUUUCAAGAUGAGUGUAACUUCGAACCAUCCCCUGACCACACACCUCAGGAAGUAUGUGCCAUCAUCGAUCGUCUUCUCGUCCUAGAAAUGGCAUGGUGGAGAGGUUCAACCCUAUCUCAAACUAUAUAUACCAAUUUACAUUUCUUCUAUCCUGAAACUUUGGGAGAAUCAUCUUCUCCUGUCGUAUCUAUCGCCUUGAGAAUUUACGUCGUUGCUUUUGUCAAAACUGUUGAAUUGGUUUGGAAUGAAAUCAGUAAGAAACAUGUGAAUGAUUCAGAAGACAUGUGGAUGGAUCAUUAUGGUAUUCCUAUUUCUUUGACUGAUCCAGUGGAAGAUAUAGUGAAUUACAUGCAAUUUGCUUUAAGCGAAUUGAACAGAGGAGAUCCAUGGGAAGAAGACGUACAUGUGAGGUUGGAGGAUAGGAUGACUCUCCUUUUAUGUUUGCAUGUAUAUGCACAAGGAAAAAUUCCACACUCUACUUUGGACCAUAUGAGAGAGCUUCUGGAUCGACCUUUACAUCUUCAAACCGAUUAUCCAAAAGAAGGUUUUGAGGAUAAUAUGCCAAGUUACAUCCGACAGAGUAUGCCAUUAUUACCCGUCCACUUACCCAGUGUAGAGGAGAGUUAUCAAGAGUUAUUUUAUAUGACACAUGACCUCAUGAGAUUGAGUCAAAUCGUUCUUAAUCCACAUGGUCUCUCCCAGAUAAUGUUUGGUUUAUCACUCGAACCUAGACCAUUACCCUUAGUAUUGUCCCUUUAUAAGUCCACGAUAGAGAAACACGUCGACGGGAAUAUCAUCAUCGAUUCACUCAUCGCUGAAGAAACUGGUCUACCCAUGUCUAUCAUUCAUCAACUAGAACUACCUCCCAACUCUGCCAAGCAGUUGAUAGUCUGGCGUGAUCUUGUCCGUGGUCUCGCAUUCUCAACUCAGAUGGUACCUAUCAUGAAUCCUUGUAGACAACGGCGGGCGCAUUCUUCCAUCUCUUUCUCAUGGUAUCAACGUGCAGCCUUCGCCGAGAUGUUCCCUCUUGAUCCCACUUUCCGUAAACUCUCCCAAUUCCUUCAUUGCAUGCGUCUCGACUGUCUUUUAAAUGCUGCAUUAGCCGCUUGGGACCUGGACUUGAUCACUCCUCGGGAAGAACGAUGCGCUUGGUGGUGGGUCGAACAAGUGACACGCGAGAGGAGUGCAUUAUCCCUCCGACCAACCUGGAGAUCGGUUUGGGCGCAAGUAUGGUUGAAUAUCUCGCGAGCUAUGCAGGCACUGCUGUCACUACCUUCCCUCACGACAACGAAGGAAUUAUCGCUGGAAGAAUUCUGUUUAAGAUACAAAUGGGCACGUAAACGACCCUUGACUGUCACCGGAGUUAAGGUCUAUUCAGGACUCUUUCCGCGUUACCGAUCAUGGCAAGGAAGCAAGCGACAAUGGGAUAGUUUUUCUGAGAUGGAAGUCAGGCAGAUGGCAAUUGAGAACUUUGGGGAUGCACUGCGAGCUCUCGAAACAUUGUUGAGGCAACUUCAGGGAUCAGCCAUCUUGACGCUAGUCGGCGCUGCAUGA